AUGGAGGUAUCUUCGGAACUUAAAUGCAUGAAUGGAUCCCCAGAACAACAUCAAGAUUUGAUCAACUGUCUGGUCCGCCACCUGGAAGAUGCCUUGGCCAUUCGUCAUUUUCGCAGACAACGUCGAGGAAAACGAAUUCGCUCGAGUGAUCAGCGUCACUAUGGCAAGGGUUGGUCUCAAUUAACCUCUCCAAGUAACAAUGGUGAGAAUGGAGAAGAGAGGGAAAAUGGAAAUGGAAAUGGAGAAAGGCGAUUUAGUACUCCUGUUGUACCUCUCACCUUCUCAAAGCAAACACGAGUUCCUGGACCCCGGCCAUGUACAACCAAUUCAUCUGCCUAUCUUUGUGGACUAUACUUGGCGGUGAAGGCUCUUUACCUGAUUAAUUCAGUAGCGCAGCUUAUGCUUACUGGGAAGUAA